AUGACUAUAAUUAUGAGAUUUGUUGAUGUCCAUGGCUUUUUAUGGGAGCGUUUUUUUUUUCAAAUUGUGCAUGUUCAUGACACCAUAGCUGCAACGCUUAAGAAAAAAAUAUGUGUUGUCCUCAUUAGAUAUAAUCUAGAAAUACAUAAUAUGCAAGGUCAAGGGUAUGAUGGUGCUAGCAAUAUGUCUGGUUCUUUUAAUGGAUUGCAAGCUUUAUUUCUUAAAGAUUGCCCCUAUGCAUAUUAUGUGCAUUGUUUUGCCCACCGACUCCAACUAGCGUUAGUUGCAGCCACUGAAAAUGAGAUCUCUAUAUGGCUUUUCUUUUUGAAUAUGACGACUAUUGUUAAUCUUGUUACAUCUGCUGCCAAACGCAAUGCCGAUAUACAAUCUGCUCAAGUUAAUGAAAUUGCACAUUCUGUUGUUGCUGGUGAACGUGAGACUGGGCGAGGAGCUAAUCAGAUUGAUACUUUGCAUCGAGCAGGAACUACUCGUUGGAUCUCCCAUUUUGAAUCUAUUUGUGACUUAAUAGAUAAGUAUAAUGCAACUAUUAAUGUGCUUAAAAACAUUGUCACUGAUGGUUCCUCUACUUCGAUGCGUGGGGAAGCUGGCGGUUCCUUAAAAGUGAUGAAGUCUUUUGAUUUCAUUUUUAUUUUACAUUUGAUGCAUAAAAUUAUGGGGAUCACAGAUUUACUUUGUCGUGCCUUGCAACAAAAAUAUCUUGAUAUCAUAAAUGAAAUGGAUUUGGUCUCUACAACUAAAGCACUUCUUCUGACAUUGAGAAAUGAUGGUUUUGAUAUUCUUCUUUCAUAUGUCAAAUCAUUUUGCACAAGAUUAGAUAUUGAUAUACCAGACAUGAGUGCUCAUUAUAAGCAUUCUAGUCGUUCAUGUCGACAAAGGGAUACCAUCACAUUUAAGCAUCACUUUCAUUACGAUAUAUUUAAUAUUCCAAUAGAUUUUCAAUUGGAAGAGUUAAAUUCUAGAUUCGGUGAUAAGAUAGUAGAACUUCUUAUGCUUAGCUCUGCCUUAGAUCCAAAAGAUAAUUUUAAUUGGUUCAACAUUGAUAAGAUUUGUACUCUUGUCGAGAAGUAUUAUCCUAAGGACUUCACUGAAUAG